UUAAUAGAGUGAUUUAUAAUGUUUGUCGUAUGGAGUAAUAAUUAUUUUUUUUUGUACUAUGUGGAUAAAGUUGUAAGGUAUUUUCAUAUAGUAUGUGUAAAACAGACGAUUUGGAUUUUAAUUCUGGGUCCCCAACGUACAUUAUUCAUGAAGCCUGAUGCUGCCAAAAUUUCCUCAUCUUGACUUUUAUGGAUAAAUUGAUGUUUUAACUACUACUACACUUGACUAUUUUAGUUUCGUAAAUACUUUUCCACUAAUAUAAAUAUCAAAUUAAAAUCCUUAUGAUUUUUAUCCACUUUAUCGAUCGUUACCUUACAUUACACCAUUACAUGCAUAUUUUUGCCCUUCUUUGUUUGUUUCUAAUACGUCAUUGUACACAUUAAUUUUAAUUUCUUAUUUUUAACAUAUACUUAUAUAUAUAGUUUAUUUGUGUAUAUCAAAUGUAUAGAAAUUGGAAAAGGUGCAUGAUUUAUACCCUCCUCUCUACUCAAAUAUGGUUGAGAUAUUAAAGAAAGAGAUAUUUCAAUCAGGCAAAGGAACCUGUUGCAAAGCUUUUCUUUGGCUCACCAGAUCCUUGGAUUUCACCUUAGCAUUGUUACAACUACUGGCUGAUGAUUUAGAGAGGAACAUGGAGCAAGCUGUUCAAGAAUCUUACACUAACACCCUUAAGCCCUGGCAUGGAUGGAUCUCUUCAGCUGUCUUCAAGGUAGUACUAAAGCUAGUGCCAGAUAGCAAGGGGUUAAUCACAAUUCUGAAGGGAAAAGAUAAAAAUAACGAUGAUUUUAAGAAGGAAUUGCGAACCUUCAUUUCACUAUUGGCACCUUUGUUAGAAGAAAUUCAUGAAGUUUUGCCUUUAUUUUGUAGGCUGUAUAUGGUAUUGAUAUCUUCAAAUCUGCUUGAAGAUGAAAGUGCAUGCAUGUCCAAGAAAAUGUGACAAGCUAGUUGUAAAUAUAACUUUUUUUAAAAGUUUUCUAACCAUUAUCCUUUUUUUUUGCUUGUUAUGUAAAAUAUACAUCCCAAAUUCAGUUAUGUGAACGUACACUUCAUUUGGUACAUAUCUAUGUGUACCUUUUAUUCUAAUUCGCGAUUUUAAGAUUA